GAGGCGUAUACGCGUGGGUCGGGGGCCGCUGGAUCCGUUGGGUGGUGGUGGUGGCGCAGUUCGAGAAGGGAAGCGAAGGCAGAAAGAAAAAGGGGGAAGAUAGAGAGAGAAAGAGUGAGAGUGUGUGCGUCUGUGACGAAUUCCGAGUCCGUAGGGUGGAAGAGAGAAACCCUAGUCCUUCCUUUCUUAUCUCCCUCACUCCCCUACUCUUUAUGCGCGGAGUUGAUCGGAAGUAGUUAAAAUUUCCGUCGCUCUAGCGGGGAUCUAGCCGGAUAUCUGCAGGUUUUUUUUUUUUUUUCCCGGCUGAGAGAGGGUAUAGGAAGGAGCUUAUCGGGAAGAGUUGAUUGUUGUCGGUCGUGCAGUUGCCGGAGGUCCAGCCGGAGAACUCUACGGAGUUCUAGGAAACCGGUUCUGCAGGGAGUCAAAGGGUCAUAAGGCGGCUGUUCUUGGUUUAUUCUUUUUCUGUGUCUCUCUGCUUCGAUCGUUUCGAUUGCGUCCCCCUGGAUCGGCUCGGCGUUGACUCAGGGAGUCAGGAGACCAGAUCUUGGAGGUUUCCGGCGGUGAUGUAGCACACGCCGAGUUCUGAAGGGGUGCUUGGUUGGGGGUUCUUGUGGUACGGAUUUGGGGGGGGGGGGGGUUUUAGCCGAGGGUUUUGCCUGAGUGGAUGGAGCGAUCGGGCUGGGGAAUGGAGUUGAGAUCGUGGGAGUGCGGUGCGCGGUGUCCGAUGGAAGGGGUCUAAGGGGGGAAAUUAGGGUUUGGAGGGUCGAUUGCAGUGGUAGCGCGUUGAUUUUUGGCAUGGAAGUUAGGGUCUUGUCUAGCAGUGUUCGUUUUGACCGAAGAUUUGAUUAGUUCACUUCUUUUCUUCAUUUGAUCCAAGUUCUUCCUUUUAGCCUCUGGCCGUUAGCGACCAUGCAGCGGCUGCAGCAUUCGAAUCCAAGCACGGCCAGCAAUUAUGGCUCGUGCCAGACUGAAGUAGGUGUGCCUGAUCAGUUUCCGGCAGGCAUGAGAGUUUUGGUCGUCGACGAUGACACUACGUGCUUGAAGAUACUCGAACAGAUGCUCAAGAAAUGCAUGUAUACGGUCACAACAUGUAACCGAGCUACAGUCGCACUUUCUCUGCUGCGGGAAAAGAAAGGAGGAUUUGAUGUGGUCAUAAGUGAUGUUCAUAUGCCAGACAUGGACGGUUUUAAACUGCUUGAACUUGUUGGGUUGGAAAUGGAUUUACCUGUAAUCAUGAUGUCUGCUGAUGGGAGGACCAGUGCUGUGAUGAGAGGGGUGAAACAUGGUGCCUGUGAUUAUUUAAUAAAGCCUGUGCGCAUAGAGGAACUGAAGAACAUAUGGCAGCAUGUUAUUAGAAAGAAGUGCAUCGAAAACAAAGAUCACGAGCAAUCUGGUAGUUUUGAUGAAACUGAGAAACAUAAAAGAAUAUGCGAUGAUUCAGAAUAUGCAUCAUCUGUUAAUGAAGGUUCAGAUGCCAACUGGAAGGUUCACAAAAGGAGAAAGGAAUCAAAAGAGGAAGAAGACGAUGGUGAGCAAGAAAAUGAGGAUCCCUCUGCAUCAAAGAAACCUCGGGUAGUUUGGUCAGUAGAGCUGCAUCAACAAUUUGUGAAUGCAGUGAACCAGCUUGGCAUUGAGAAAGCUGUUCCCAAGAGAAUCCUAGAGUUGAUGAAUGUUCCAGGUCUAACAAGGGAGAAUGUUGCAAGUCACUUACAGAAAUUCAGGCUUUACUUGAAGAGGCUGAGUGGUGCUCAGAGUCAGGGUGCAAUUUGUAGUUCUUUUGGUGGUCCUGUAGAACCAAAUAGCAAGUUGGGCCCAAUGGCAAAUGUCAAUAUCCAAGCAUUAGCUGCUUCUGGUCAAAUUGCUCCUCAGACUUUUGCUGCUUUGCAUGCAGAGAUUCUGGGUCGUCACCCGGGAAGUUUUGUAAUGCCACCAAUUGACCAGUCUACACUUUUACAAGGCGCCCUGCAUGGAUCCAAGGGCAAUCCGGUUGAAAGGGGUUCCACGUUUGCUCAGCCUUUAAUGAAGCCCCAGUCUAACUUGCCAAAACCCUAUGCACAAACAAACAUUUCUGUUGAUGAUAUCCCGUCUGGCUACUCAACAUGGCAACAACCUCUUGGGACAGCUACCCCUUCCAAUAACAUAGGUGGAUUAAAUUCCCAUGGAAGUAAUGUGUUAGUGCAACUACAUCAGCAUCAACAACAACAGCAACCUCUUCAAUUGGACUCUGCUCUUAUGCUUAAUGUGCAGCCAUCAUGCCUUGUGGUACCUAAUUCUUCAAGUAAUUUCUCCGGUCGAAAUAACUCAGUUGCUGUUUCUUCAUCCGGCCAUCAUAAUCUGGGUAACCAAAGUUUCACUGGUAACUCAAUUGUUGACUAUAGCAUGAUUUCUUCUGCAAGCAACGGAACAGUUGGAAUGGGGCAGGUAUCAGAUGGUGACUUAAAGGGUACUGGUUUGCUUAGUUGCUAUCCAUUGCCUACUACUAUGUCAACUGCAGUGUCAUCUUGCUCGGUCUUGGCUGAGAACAGCACUGGCUUGCAGAGCUGGCAGGUUCAGAACCCUGUUCCUGUGAUGAAUAUCAGUUCAGCUAGUCAAGUAUCUGGACUUCCACCAAAUGCUUGUGAGGCCUCAUAUAGCAUUAAAGGGGGUGAAUUGUUCGACCAGGGAACGUCUAGAAGUAUUGGAUUUGCAAAUAAGGGAUCUAGCGUCCUGAGCAGAUUUGGUGUUGACAGUGGAUCUCCGCAGGCUUUUGCUGGCGAACUGAGCCAAGGCAUAGUAUGUCUAGGUGACGAAGAUGAUGUGGUGAAACAAGAGAUUAAUCUAGACUUUGUGGAUGGUGUGAAAGUUGGCAUGCCCGUUAUGCAACAUUUCUCCCCCAAUGAUCUCAUGAGUGUUUUCUCCAAAUAGAUGAAGAAGAAGGUUUCUGGUUUUGGGACUUUGGUGGAGAUGGGGGCAUGCGGUACACAUGGAAGAGGAGCAGUUCGAUAUUUAUGGUCCAAUCAUCAUUUUAGAUCACAGAGUGACCGGUCAAUUAUACCUGCAUAACGCAUCAAGCAUACUUGGCCGUUUGGCAAGAACGAAUGAAAUUUCUUUGUAUUCAUGCUUUAACUUUGUGAUGAUGUCUUCACGAGUCCUGAUCUUUGUUUCUUUGGCUCCUUGAAGAAUUGUAAUCAUGGAAAAUAAAAUUCACGCUUAUUCCUUUUGAGUUUUCAAUGAAUUGGCCCUGUUUCUCUGUACAUACAAUAUGUAAUAAGAUAAACAUGAAUUCUGAAA